UGAUGGAGGAUGAGUAAUGUUUUGCCAGUUAUCAGUUAAAAAGCCUAAAAUUUAGUCAUAAAUCUGAUUAAACAAUAAGUUUACUAACUAUAGAGGAGUACAUAUGAAUCUAUAAGUGUAUAUGCUACAUUAUUUGUCGUUAUGGGCAACGCUGAAGUAGUGAAAUCGCUGGAUAUAAUGGGAGACAGUAAUCAGAGUGGUGUAAUCAACAGAUCAAUCAGUGAUCGCGAGCGCUUUAAAAGCCUGGAAGACAUUGAUGUGACAGCCGACGGGAGUCCGGUGUUGAGAUGCUUGAUCUCCAUCACCUACUCGGUGGUUUGCGUCGUUGGUCUGAUCGGGAACCUGUUGGUGUUCUUCUUUAUUCGCGUGAGACAAGAGAGACGCACAUCCAAAAUAAACUUUUUCAUCCUCAAUUUGGCCGUCACGGAUUUUCAGUUCGUGUUGACUUUGCCUUUCUGGGCCGUGGACACGGCGCUGGACUUCAGCUGGCCGUUUGGAGACGCCAUGUGUAAGAUCAUCCUGUCGGUGACCGUGAUGAACAUGUACGCGAGCGUCUUCUUCCUGACCGCGAUGAGCAUCACACGGUACUGGUCAGUGGCUUCAGCUCUGAAGGACCGCGGCAGACAGACCAGCUGCUCCAUCAGGUGGGUCAGCGUCGUCCUGUGGUCUCUGGCCACCGUGGCCACCGCGCCAACAUCCAUCUUCUCCACAGUCACCAACGUGGCCGGCGAAAAGCUUUGUUUAUUGCGGUUCCCCGACGGACAGUAUUGGUUGGCAGUCUAUCAUCUCCAGAAAAUACUGAUCGCUUUUAUUUUGCCCAUGGCAAUCGUGUCCAUCAGUUACCUGCUGCUGUUGAGGCUCAUCCGACAGCGGAGCAUGAAGAACAACUCGAAACGAAGAACGCAAGUCACAAAGUCCGUCACCAUCGUGGUCUUGUCGUUCUUCCUCUGCUGGAUGCCCAAUCAUGCCAUAACGUUUUGGGGCGUGCUGGUGAAAUUCAAUGCUGUGUAUUGGGAUAAGUCGUACUAUAUCGUUCACACCUAUGUGUUUCCGGUGACCGUGUGCCUGGCGCACGCGAACAGCUGUUUAAACCCACUUAUUUACUGUCUUAUGCGUAAAGAGUUCAGGAAAAAACUGAAGGACCUGUUUCUCCGAGUUUGAGAGAAAUAAGUGUGCGUGCAUCCUGGGGAACAAACGGUAUUCCUUGUUGAAGGGGUUAUUUUACCCAAAAUGUAACUGUCAGUCAUUAUUUACCCAACCUCGUGUUUUUCUAAGUCUGUAUGACUUUAUUUCUGCAGUGGAGCUCAAAUGGGAUGUCAGUUGACAGGUUUGGGACAGCAUGAGGGUGAGUAGCCUAAAUAAGAAUAGAAUUGGUAUUUUGGGAUGAACUGCCAGUACCUACAACAGUAUAAGCAUGGUGUACAGUUGUAUUGCGUAAAUGUCUUUGUCUUUGUUGUUCUUGUGAAACAUUAUUUUAAAAUAGCCCAACUUUCCAUAUAAAAUGUUACCUUAAUUUUGCGUUUAAAAAAACGACAAAAAAGCUGCUAAAGGCAAACCCAUACCCAUAACCGACAUUGAACAUUCAGUGCACCAUACUUGAACAAUUCCUCUUCCAUGAAAUGUUAAAAAUAAUA